UGCUCACUGUCUUCCCAGUGACACAACCGCCAACACAUUCACGGACGCCUGCGUCAGUGAUAGCAAUGCCGUCUGUUGGUGACGUAGAGGGGAUCCAGUCAGCCCCCGAGAUUGCGUAUAUCGAAGACAUCCAGUCCUACAAGCAUCACCUCCCACCUCUUUCUUCCAAUUACAGCUAACCUUCCACUUCAGGUAUUCGCCCCUACUCAGACGCCCUCGCUCCUUAACAUAUCAUCAAAAUGGCCAACAUAUUUCGCAUGUUCUGGAAAGCAUGCACAUUAGCUCUCAUUUCUAGCUCCGCCCUCGCACAGCUCAUCUCCAACAACGCAUCAGAGGAGGGGGGAUUCCACUCGCAAUGUCAGAGCGUCUUCGUCAACCACGACAACGGCGCGCUAAUCAUGUCGGGCUUCUGCCCGUCCUGCUCCUACUUCUGGGUGGGCCGCUGCUUCGCCAACGCGGACGGCGCGCUGGUCCCCGCGGCUGGCGGUAACUUCGACCGCUCGUGCGACGCCUGCAUCGCCAACGACUGGAAGCACCCGGGGUGGAUGACCUGCAGCUGUUGGACGGCUGGGCGGGAUGGGCCGCCGAGGAGGGUGGAGGCGAGGGUUGACCUUAAUGAGUCUAUACAUGUCCGUGAUGGGGUUUUGGGAUGUGCUGGGGAGGAGGGCCGUUGGUGUGGGACAUAGGGGGAGAGGAUGUGCUCAUGUCGUAAUGAGGGGGUUCGAGGAUACUUGGGAUAGGCCGUAGGGGAAUGGUUUUUCACGUGUCUCAAUGCGAUGAAACACUUUCCAAUUCAGCUCAGUCACGCAUCGUUCUGACUGGGAAUUUGAGUGGCAGCGGC